AUGAGCCAGGCUAGCUGGGUGAAGGAUCAGCUCCUCAAUCAGGGGGCGAAUCACUUCGUCAUCUUCUCAUCCCUAGGCCAGGUGCUGGAGAGCAGCGGGGACUUCCAGGAUCAGGAGAAGCAGCUGCUGGCGUAUACAAUAGUGCAGCAGGCCUCUGCUCUGCUAAAGUCUGGAGAGACACUGAAACGCAUCUCCAUGACAUUUGACGAUGUUGUAUACAUCGCCACAACAAUCACAACACAUGGUGAGAACCUUGGUAUCUUCGUAAAGAGACCUGCGGCUGAUGCGCUGACGUCAAUAUAA